UAUUAUUGCUGUCCCCCCCCAUAGAGUUACCCUGAGCUGCUCCACACCAAAGCAGCCGCGUACAUCAGCCUGGACCACGCCGUGCUGGGUGAUGACCGCGUGGUGGUGCACAGCAGCCCUUUGCUGCACAGCGUCAUUGAGAGCGCCCUGCGACAGGUGGACAGCCCCAAUGAGAGCGGGAAGAGCCUCUUCCAGCACAUGGCAGCACACGGAACCGUGGGGCACAGCGACAUGAUCCUCCCGCUGUCCCCCGAAAGCGCCGCGUUCCCAUUUACCGCCGCUGCUGGAAUUCCCGCCGUGGAGCUGCGCUUCGAUGAGGCGGCUGUGGGUUGGUCCCACGCAGCCCUGGGGACCCCCGAGGACACCCUGGAGCGGUUGCAGGGUGGGCUGCGUGGUCGGCUGCCCGCGGUGGCGCACGCGGUGGCUGCGGUGGCUGCGCUGCUGCUGCUGCGCCUGGGCCACGAUGCGCGGCUGCCCCUCGACCCCACGGCGCUGGGGGACGCUCUGCUGCGACGGAUGGCACCACUGCAGUGGGCCGGGCCGUGCACGCAGUGGUUGUACUCUGCUCGGGGUGACGUCGUUCGCGCCGCCGGGAAAUUGAUCCGGGAAAUGGAGGCGGCCGAGAGCGGCGACGAGCGGCUCAACCGGCAGUUCAACGCCCGCAGCAUGGCGGUGGAGGCGUCGCUGCUGUCCCCCUUCGUGUCCCCAUUGACGACCCCAUUCCGUCACAUCCUGCUGGGCCGGGGGGGUCACACGCUGCCAGCGCUGGCAGCUGAGCUUAAAGGGGGGGGAGGUGGAGCUAUGGGGCAGGAAAAGGGGGAGGGCGGGGCCAUGGGUGAUGAUGUCAUCAGGCAGCGCCACGUGGAGAGUGAGGUCAAGGUGGCAGCCAUCUUGGAUUGGUGGCCAUCUUGGAAUGGCGGCCAUGAUGGCACAGCGGCCAAAUUGGUGGGUGCCAUCUUGGAAUGGCGGCCAUCUUGGAUUAGCUGCCAUGUUUAUGGAGUCCAUCUUGGAGAGGUGACCAUUUUAGAUUGGCGGCCAUCUUGA